UGUAUAAUAGUGGGUAAAUAAAACGAAAUCUCAGGAUUUGUGUUCUCCGAGAACCGUAGAGAACACAAAUCCAAUUAAAACGACAAGAAGAAGAAGUUUAAAGGUCGGAGACAUAGCGUUUUCAAGAAUAAUUUCAUACGUGUAUUAACCCAAUCGACCUGGCUAUCUCGGCAUAACACGAAAUCUUAUAAGAUUCUAAGUGUUAGAAUAGAUUCCAGUAUGGAGAGACCAGUUACAUCGGAUGUUGUGAUAAUUGCGGGCAAUUCCCAUCCCGAACUUGCAACUCUAAUAGCAAACCGCUUGGGGGUAAAGAAUGGUGGUUGUGCCGUUUAUCACAAGACCAACCGAGAGACGAUGGUAGAAAUCGGAGAUUCUGUCCGUGGGAAGGAUGUAUAUAUUAUUCAAACUGGAACUAAAGACGUGAAUAAUAAUAUAAUGGAAUUGCUGAUUAUGGCUUAUGCUUGUAAGACUUCUUCUGCUAAGAGCAUUGUUGGUGUAAUUCCUUACUUGCCAUACUCCAAGCAAUGUAAAAUGCGUAAACGGGGAUGCAUUGUCUCCAAGCUUCUUGCUAAAAUGAUGUGCAAAAGUGGCUUGACCCAUGUCAUUACUAUGGAUCUACAUCAAAAAGAGAUACAAGGCUUCUUCGACUGUCCAGUAGAUAAUCUAAGGGCUAGUCCUUUCUUGUUGCAGUACAUUCAAGAAUGCAUUCCUGAUUAUCGGAACUCAGUAAUUGUAGCCAGGAAUCCUGGUAGUGCAAAGAAAGCAACUAGUUAUGCUGAGCGAUUACGUUUAGGUAUUGCUGUCAUUCAUGGAGAACAACGCGAAUCUGAAUCAGAUAUGAAUGAUGGCCGUUAUUCCCCGCCUGCACUUUUGCCAUCUCGUACAAUGGAAGUUGGUGUAGGUGUACCUGUACAUCCAGCCAAAGAAAAACCUCCUAUCAAUGUUGUUGGUGACGUUGGGGGACGCAUAGCUAUUAUGGUGGAUGACAUGGUGGACGAUGUACAAUCGUUUGCUGCUGCAGCUGAAGUGUUGAAGGAGAGAGGAGCAUACAAAAUUUAUGUUUUGGCUACACAUGGGUUAUUGAGCUCUGAUGCACCUAGAGUUAUUGAGGAAUCUGCUAUUGAUGAGGUUGUCGUGACAAACACGAUCCCCCAUGAUCUGCAGAAAAUGCAGUGUCACAAAAUAAAAACAGUCGACAUCAGUGUUCUGCUGGCUGAGGCAAUUCGACGCAUUCACAACAAGGAGUCCAUGUCUUACCUAUUUAAGAACGUUACCUUGGAAGAUUAAGUAUUAUUGCUCCAUAUUGAUCUAAUCCUUGGUAGGCUUGCUAAUAGACUAUAAGAAUUAAAGUAUACUAAAAUAAGAAAGGAAAAUGGAAACUACCUUUAUCGCUCUGUGCGAAUCGUCACGCUUGGACGAAGGCCGAUGGAACAACUGAUUGAGAAAAAAGAAUAUGAAAUCGGUUUCAUGCCGGGUGUUACAUCAGGAACACAUAUCUAUUCCUUAGUUUUCUAUGCUAUUUUUAUAUUUUUCGGACGAUGAAUAACGUCGAAACUGAUAAUGCUUUUACUUUGAGUAUGAUAAUUAUUUGCUUUGUCGAGGAGUAGUUUCUCCGUGGCACUUUCCAAUACCAAUGGGAGUCUUACCAGUAUAUUAUUAUUUUAUGCAUAAUUCAGUAUUGUAGAUUUCUCAUUUACUAUCUAUACACUAUAGUAUCCAUAGUCGAAUAGAUAAAAAAUUAGGUUGGUGUCAUUGGGAGACUAACUGUUGACAAGGCUAAUAUAUAAAGUCAGCAAUGACGUAAGAUGUUAAAUUACCAAUAAUUACACUUACCAAUGAUGUAAUGCUAGUUCAGGUCUUGUAAAGUUUAUGGCUACGUGUAUUAGGAGCACGCUAGCAUAAAUAAAUAUAUUUCUAGUGACGUAUUUUUAAAACAAUGUUUAGAAAGUCGGAUAGACAUAUACUUGUAAUAAAUGUUAGCGAUCAAAUUA